AUGUCGACCCCUUCUCCCACACCUCCCACACCUCGAGGCCCUCGAAACAACAGACGCAAUCAGAAGAAAACCACCACUCCGUCUGUUCAGAAAGUGGCCAUGCUUACUACCCCUCCCUCGUCACCACCGAGGAACUCGAGUCCUGGAGAAGUCGCUACCGAUUCAUCGAUUAAUGUUAAUCUUUCCAAGAAAAAGAACCCUCGGCCCAACAGGAAACCGCGCGAGACACCCAAACCUUCUCAGAUUCAGAACAAUGGACACCGACACACCUCUUCGCAUCCAGCCAACGUGACUCCCCAGGUGAAAGACAGCCCUCACUAUGCAGGCCCGACGUUCCAUGCCUCGCCAGCUCCUUCUGCGCUCCCCAUUCCAAGCUUUUUCUCCAAGUCGCUACCGGGACCAGAAUCUGUCGAAGAAAUUGAUGGUGACCAUGCCGAAGCCGAGCCUGAACUUGAUAGCACACCAUCGAAACCGAGACCACGUUUUCAACCCCAGCCCGAGGCGCAACAGUCAACACCCCUUGACUUCUUAUUCAAAGCCGCUGUUGAAGCUCGAAGCUCUCAGUCUCAGCGCAGUCCGGAAGCCAACAAACGGGUUCGGUCUCCGCAGACAGAAUCUAGGGCUCAAAACCACAGAAUGGCCAACGGGGCUCCUGGGGGAGCCUUUCCCCCUGAAAUGGGAAGUCCGGGGAUUCCGAGUUCCUACAUCGGACCACCUUUUGCCGCAUCCUACAGAGAUCGCAUGGAUGCGUUGCGGUCUACGAGCUCUACCUCUUCCUCUAAUUCGGAGCUCGACGAGGAACAACGAAGGGCGAAGACCGAAGCCCUUAAAGACCUCUUGCUGAACCCUCGACCACAGAAGCCGUCAACUACAUCUUCUUUGAGUCAGAGCAGUGCCAAUAGUUAUGGAGUGCGAUCAAAUUUUGAUCACAACGUUCCUCACUACGCGACUCCCCUGAGGACCACCUCGGGUCCCCCAGCUACCGGUUCCCAGGACCUGUCACGUCAUCGACAACAUUCGUUCGGCGGAAACGGGUUACAGUCUCCUUUUUCGCAUCCUCAAAUUAAUGGUUCCCAACACUAUCAGAAUUCACCUCAUCGGAGGGACGUUCUUUCGGCAAACUCUGCAAAUGGCGCAAAUAUUCAUGGGGGCCCAUCUCCCUCUCCGUUUGGAUUCUACGGUUCUGCGAAAGAUCCGCAUCAUUACGCACAGCAGCCUAUGUACUAUCCUCCUGUGCACCAACAAUCUCCGGAUUUUCGAACUAUGCCGGCGAAGACGUCCUCUCCUGCUCUUGACACCAGGAAGAUGGAAGAUGAUCUGAGACGUAUCCUGAAGCUCGAUGCAAAUCCCGGUUAUGCAUCCAGCGGUAUCCAGAGCUCAUUCGCUUAG